CGCUACCGCUGGGCAUCAGAUCCAUCAAUCCACACUUUUUCCCAUUCGAAAGCAUAAACAAUAAAACAAUCCAACAAAUACAUAUUUCUAUAUAUAUAUUUAUAUAUAUAUACGCAGUUACGCACACAUUCAUAUAUUAUAUCCCAAUAUUUCCAAUCAUUGUUGGGUUUUUGUAUUAUUUUUCUUCCUCUAAUUUUUUGUUUACUAGCACAGAACACAAUCCUCUUAUUUACUGCUAAUUUUGUGGUUUAUUAUUAAAAAAAAAAAAAAAAAAAAGAUGGUGAAGAUCACGGCGUUGAUGGUGCUGAAAUGCAAUUCGGAGGGUUCGGAUCCGGUUAUAUUAGCCAACGCAUCAGAUCUCAGCAGCUUCGGGUUUUUUCAACGCCCCAGCGUUAAGGAAUUCAUUGUUUUCGUGGGGCGGACCGUAGCUAAACGGACCCCGCCCGGCCAGCGUCAGUCCGUACAGCACGAAGAGUACAAAGUUCAUUCAUACAAUCGAAAUGGCCUGUGCGCGUUGGGUUUUAUGGACGAUCACUAUCCUGUCCGAAGUGCAUUCUCAUUGUUCAACCAGGUCUUGGAUGAAUAUCUCAAGAACUUUGGUGAUUCAUGGAAAACUGUGCAAGCUGAUAAUGCUCAACAAUGGCCCUAUCUAAGUGAGGCAUUGACCAAAUUUCAGGAUCCUGCUGAGGCUGACAAGCUGUUGAAAAUUCAGAGGGAGUUAGAUGAAACUAAAAUUAUUCUUCACAAGACUAUCGACAGUGUUCUAGAGCGAGGGGAGAAGCUAGAUAGUUUGGUUGAUAAGAGUUCAGAUCUCAGCGCAGCUUCUCAGAUGUUUUACAAGCAGGCGAAGAAAACUAAUCAAUGUUGUACGAUCUUGUAAGUGCUUCUAUCGGAAGAUAGGGGCUAUGGCUAUCUCAUAUAUGUAUGGCUUAAGUUGCUGUUGAUAAAUAUGAAGUUCGACAGAGUUGUUUAUAUCACUUAAAAUACGGUUGUGAUGCUGAAAUCUUUUGCUUUUUUCCUCUUUUCAUCUUUGUUUCACGUUGAGAAAAGGGGGAAUCGUGUUCACGAAUUUCGGUUGUUAUGUUGAUACGAUGCUAUUUCAGUAUGAAUUUUAAGGCUUUUUAGUCAAGCUGAUUAUAUGUUAAUUGUUAUUUAAUUGAACAACCGACACGUGUAUUUAU